AUGUCCCAUUUGCCUCAAUCUUUUCUAGGCUCUUUUCCGCUUUACCUCGGCGUUGAGAUAGCGCUCGGAAUCACGAUUCUUAACAAAUGUAGUGGGUUCUACGGCCUCCUAGCGUUGUUCACAGGUCACCCGCUCGACCUCCUACAAUGGGUGCUGUACCUGUUUUCUGCGUUCACGCUUGUCGUUUAUGCGAUUGGUCUAUCCAAAACAUACAAGCCGGAUGUGCUGACUUUCUCGCUUGUUGUGGCACUUUUCACACUCGACACGGUUUUGACGUGUCUGUUCACCCUUUGGUUUAGCAAUGACUGGUUUUCUCGCGGAUCUGGGCUUGAAGAGUCGCGUCCCGAGCUCCAAAACCCUGGGUCUGCUCUGGGUCCUCCUCCCGAACUCGUAAAAAGAGGCAGUUCUCUCGCGUCCCAGAGCGCUUCACAAGGCUACGAACAUUCUGUCACCAUUUUAUUCACAAUUUUGACUCUUGCUGCAAGAUUUUACUUCAACGCUAUUCUUCUCGCGUUCCUACAACGCCUUCUUCGCCAUCCAAAGUACAUGUUGGACUUCGAUGAACUACAACAAGACAUGAAAAACAAGUCAUUCCUUCAAAGAUACUGGAGGAAAUGCCAACUCAAGUGCUACUACCUAUGCCGCCAAUACCUGGCCUGA